CAUGUUAAUUACAUGAGAGCUAGAUAGGUUGAAUGUGCUUGGCUCUCCAAAAUGGCUCUUCUUAAAUCCUUCUCCUUCAUUGUCCUAGCUUCUCUGCUGUUCAUGCUCAUGUCUCCAUCCUGUUCUUCUGCAGAACACCAUGGCAUCAAGGUCCCAUCUCCUCUCAAAUCCCAGAAAGCAAACUCAUCUCCAGUCACUCUGUCUUUGUAUUAUGAAACUCUGUGUCCAUAUUGCCAGGCGUUCAUAAAAAAUAACCUGCUGAAACUGUUUGUGGAGGAUCUCAUCGACAUUGUCAACCUCCGGUUUGUUCCAUGGGGCAAUGCUCGUGUCCUAGAACCCAACAAGACAAUCAUUUGCCAGCAUGGGCCAGAUGAAUGCUACCUGAACAGCAUAGAAGCCUGCGCCAUUAACAUCUGGCCAGAUGUGAAGCAACAUUUCAAGUUCAUUGAGUGUGUUGAGCGUCAAGCCUCUGAACAAAAGCAGCUGGGGGAAAAAACAUGGAAUUCUUGUUGUCAAAAGCUGGGGUUGAAUCCAAAGCCUGUUUCAGAAUGCUACAAUAGCGGCCAUGGGAGAGAACUUAUUCUUCGUUACGCUGAUGAAACGUAUCAUCUUAAUCCAACUCAUAAGUAUGUACCAUGGGUGGUGGUUAAUAACGUACCACUUUAUGACGAAUAUGAAAACUUUGUGUCCUAUGUGUGCAAGGCGUACAAAGGCCAUCUCAAAUUAAAGGCUUGUAAAUCACUUCCAAACAAGAUCAACUUAGCUGGGAAGGCAAAUUCAAUCCAACCAACACACUGUAAUGCAACUGAAGCAAAGAAAAUGCCCGUCGCCGCUAGCUUCAUGCCAGCGCCAUUAUGAACAUGGAACUUCCAGCCUAAUUCAGAUAUAUAUGCCCUUCACGGGUGGUCUGCUACUAUGAUAAUAAUAAGUUACCAACUGAUUUAUAUGGUGCUUAGAUUGAUGACAGUAAGCUCCUAGGAACUACGUUGUUUGAAUAUCACUGUUUAUAUAUCACGGAUGAUAUACUUCUGGUUUAAGUAACUGGAACCAAUAUAUUAUGGAUUAUGUGGAAAUUGAAAUCAGAUGUCUCCUUCCUAAUGAGUGGGAAAAAUUUAUAAAUCAUGUCAACUGCAAUAGCAAAAGCUGAAGUGCAAGAAUUCGGGUUGAGUGCAAUUAGCUAAAAAUAUUGC